AUGACAUGGUGGUGUUCAUGGCUCUACUGGAUCUCCUCGAUCUAUCUUUCUAUAGCUUGGGUCACUGCUCUUUCUCCAGGAUAUAAUGACCCUACCAUAUCUUUCUCCUCCUCCUCAUCUUCUAUUCGACCUGAUUUGGUCAUUAUAAAACCUCCAAAUGACUUGAUACUAGAUCAAACGGAACUUCACGCAAAAGUUCACGUGCAUCGAGAAUUACCGAAUGGUAAACGUCCAUCUCGUGUUUGUAUCAUCAUACAACCAGAGUAUGCACCUAUAGAAGUGGAUCUAGAGAGUGAAGAGAUUGAAAUGGAAGAGUCUUGCUUUAAUCAAAGCUUGAAUCAUGCUGCAUUCCAUAUCACUGGACUUGAGCCUGGUUUCUCCUAUUCGAUUACUGCAAAGCUUGAGAUUCAUGACAAUACGGUCGCUCUCUCUUCACGAAUUUUCUCGGUUGGAUCAAUCUUGUUACCAAGUGGAGAAGGUCGCGUGAGCAUCGCCGACGCACUGGAGACUGGUUCCAAAUUGCACAAUGCAUGGGAUCGGGGAAAUGCGUCACAGAUUUUUCGCUACGUACUGGACAUUUUUCCCGAUCACGGACAAGCAAACCAUCUAAUGGGUGCAUUGCUUUGUCAGGACGGGAAAAAGCAGCAAGCACUACCGUAUUUGUAUCGAGCAGUGCAGUUGAAUGAGAGUGACGAGAAUUUUCACAAUUCGCUGGGGCUUUGUCUCAAGUCGUUGGGACGGAAAAAGGAAGCAAUUGAGCAUUAUCGUCGAGCGUUGGAGCUAAAUCCGAUGCAGGUUGAAGCUUCUGUUAACUUGGGUGAUGUCAUGCAAGCAAUGGGUAAGUGGAAGGAGGCCAUGGACGAGUACAGUAAAGUAGCCAUGGCGCCGAUGAAUGUACUCAAACGACUAAUGGGUCUAGAGAAAGCGGAGAAUGUGGUAAAAAAUGCGAUGGGCAAGAGAUGUGAGCUGAUACGCGUUACUGACGGCUGGCAUCAAGCCAACCAUUGUUUGGAAGAAGCGCUAGAACGCUGGCCUGGUGAACCUACUUUUCACAACGACCGCGGAAAUAUCCUCGCCAACGCUGGCCAGUUUGAGGAAGCAUUCGAUGAAUACGAGCACUCUUUUGAUCUUGGCUUGCUUGCUGGCACACUCCAUCUUGCGGAGACAUUGGAAGCACUUGGGGAAACGCAGCAAAGUAUUGAUUUCUACGAUCAGAUUCUUGACAAUGAAAUCGUCGACCGCUUUUACCCUCGCACGCGAAUCAUGGUCAUGAAGGCGACAGUCCUACCUCGCAUUCUUCCUUCAACGCAAAAAGAAAUCGACUCGUACCGUAGUCGGUUUGAUGAAAACGUCAAGGUGUUGCUACAAAACAUUGAUUUACUUGAAGAGACCGAAGUGGACCCAAACCGAGUGUCUCUUUCUACUGCUAUUACGUUGACAGCUCAUAAUCGAAACAACCGUAAGCUAAAAGCAGCUAUGGGCUGCUUGUACUGGCAACUGUGGUACCAGCGACAAAUUAUGCGCGAGGAAUUUGUGUCUAGCUACGGUAUAGUUCCGUUGCCGUACACUCAACGGAGCGAGAAUAUAAAGACACCUGAGGUCGGUUCGCGGCGCUUGCGAGUUGGCUUCGUCUCGCGCUACAUAUUCAAUUCAGCUGUGGGGCUUUACAUGUCGGAGUUGAUACCCAUGUUCAACCGAGAAAGGUACGAGAUCAUCGUUUUUGCGAUAGGACUAAGCAAGUCAAUGAAAGUGGUGAACAAAGUUGAGGCGAUUACUGAGACGAUCGUUGGUCUUCCGAAAGAUGUUAGGGUUGCACGAGAAGAGAUACGUGCUUGGAACAUGGAUGUGCUUAUCUACCCUGAGCUUGGCAUGGACAAGACAACCUAUUUUGUCUCUCUUGCUCGACUUGCUCCAAUCCAAGCUGUUUGGUGGGGCAAUGCUGACACCUCUGGCGUGCCAACAAUGGACUAUUACCUCACGAGCGAAUUUGAGCACAGCAGCGUUAACUCACAUUACUCCGAGGUCGUCUACUGCUUCAAAGGAAUGGGUAUCUAUCACAAGCUGUUAGCUUUCCCGAGAAAUAGCACCAGUUGCGACCAGAUCCGACUUGCUCUCGAAGAGGUCUUUGACAUACCCGCAGACUUCCACCUCUACCUUGCCAUCGAGUCGAUUAUCCAUAUUCACCCCGACUUCGACGUCGCUGUAGCCAGCAUUUUUGAAAAAGACGAAAAGGCUCAUUUGUUUCUCCUGUCGACGUCAAGUCGAAAGGUCUGGGAGAGCCAAUUGCAAGCGCGGAUGGAAUCUGCAGGUGUUAACAUAGACCGGCUUCAUUUCCUCACUGAUGCUGAUCCAAUGCAGGAAUCGAUGCUUUUGCAGGCUGCAGAUGCGGUUCUGGCAAGUCUUCACCUCACGCGGCCACGCGCCUCGUUGCAAGCUUUUGCUGUAGGCGCUCCAGUCGUGACUUUUCCGAACGAGCUUUGGGCCUCGCGAAUCACUUAUGGUUUCUAUCAGCAGAUGGGGGUCAACGAUCUCAUUGCGACUUCUCUAGACGAGUAUGUGGGAUUAGCAAUCAAGCUGGCAAGUGAUGCUGCGUUCCACAAGAAGAUGAGGCAGCUAAUCGAGCAAAAUCGAUCAAAAUUGUCCCAAGACAAACAGGCCAUCAAAGAGUGGGAACACUUCUUUGACUUUGCGGCCCGUCAAAUAUCCGCUAGAGACGAUCAACCGACCAACGUUUCCCUACCCUCUUGUGCGUGUGAUCCUUUUCAAGGGCUCAAGGGUUUCGUCGACUGGAGUCAGGUUAAUGGUGUUGAAGGUUGGAGCCAAGUUUGUAAAUGCUGA